CACUGUCCACCUUUCAUCUAAUUCCUUACCUAUUUUCAAAUUGUAUGGGUCAUUCUUAUCAAUCCAAACAGAACCUAAAGAGGUCAACGACGACUUGCAAUUAGGGUUCUAUUAGGAAUUAUCACCUGCUUAUAGUUAAGUUAGUUUGUCAUUAUUAUUUGAUUUAAUUUCUUGAAGACGUCAAAGACAAUGUCUUAUCGAGUUGUAUUUUGCUUUUUUACUGCGAGGAAUACCGGAAGGGAUCGAAGAACGCGGUGUUGAUUGAAAAGUCAGCAGUAAGGUUCACCCUUACUUGUAUUAGCACCGCUACACGCGGAGAAAUAUCUAACUCCAUUAACUAACCGGAAAGCAGCCCUUUUGUAUUCAUCACAGAUUUGUUACUCGCGGGAAAGCCAUAAUCAUGAUAGGAAGAGAAAUUCUGAACAGGAUGAAGGAGAAGGCAUGCUUUUACACCUCUACUCUCAGCUCACCGGACAUAGGGAAAGGCAAAAGCACAUCAAAGAGUGUCAGUCAUGGCUUCCACCUAGUGAAGGGAAAAGCAAAUCACGCCAUGGAAGAUUACAUAGUUUCUACGUUUCAGCAAGUAAAUGAAAACAAUUUGGGCCUUUUUGCAAUCUUUGAUGGGCAUAUGGGUCAUGAUGUUGCCAGUUACUUGCAAUUACACCUGUUCAACAAUAUAUUAAAAGAGCCUAACUUUUGGACUGAUACUGAGAGUGCAAUUAGGAGGGCUUACAUUAAAACAGAUAAAGAUAUUUUGGAGAAAUCAGUGCUCCUGGGGAGAGGAGGUUCAACUGCAGUUACAGCUAUACUUAUAAAUGGUCAAAAGCUUGUAGUUGCAAAUGUGGGAGAUUCUCGAGCUGUCAUUUCCAGGAGAAGUUCAGCUAAGCAGCUUUCAAUUGACCAUGAACCAAUCAAGGAAAAGCCAGUUAUUGAAAGCAAAGGAGGGUUCGUAUCAAACCUUCCAGGUGAUGUCCCUCGAGUUGAUGGGCAGUUGGCAGUUGCCCGGGCAUUUGGCGACAAAAGCUUGAAGAGACACCUGAGUUCAGAACCAGACGUGACAACCGAAUUGAUAGAUGAUGACGUGGACUUUAUCAUUUUGGCGAGUGAUGGGCUAUGGAAGGUGAUGACAAAUCAAGAGGUAGUGGAUGCAAUCAAGAAAAUGAAGGAUGCAGGAGCAGCAGCUACGCAUUUGGCAGAGGCCGCGGUUGCUAGGAAAAGCAAGGAUGAUAUAUCCUGUAUCGUUGUUAAGUUUCAAUGAUUCCUUUUGUUUUGAAUUUAGCUGAAGAUGUCGUGUGCAUAAAAAAUUGUUUGCGGAGAAGAUAUUCUUCCACACCAAACCAAUGCUUUGCUUGAUUAGGUAGUAUUGCGAUAGCUCAUAUGUGUAUAUGUAUAUAAUAUACCAAGAAAAAAGAAACCAGCUGCCAGUCUGACACUUAAAUGUUCACAAACGUAGAUUUCUGUAUUUGAAAUUCAUUGGUUUAUUUUCUUUUAAUUCAUUGGACCCAUAUGACUCUUUCUUACA